AUGCCACCACCAUCAGAUAUUGUCAAAGUGGCCAUUGAGUGGCCAGGUGCUAAUGCCCAGCUCCUUGAAAUCGACCAGAAACGGCCCCUGGCAUCCAUCAUCAAGGAAGUUUGUGAUGGGUGGUCAUUGCCAAACCCUGAGUAUUACACCCUUCGGUAUGCAGACGGGCCCCAGCUCUACAUCACUGAACAGACUCGCAGUGACAUUAAGAAUGGGACAAUCUUACAGCUGGCUAUCUCCCCGUCCCGGGCCGCACGCCAGCUGAUGGAGAGGACCCAGUCAUCCAGCAUGGAGACCCGGCUGGAUGCCAUGAAGGAGCUGGCCAAGCUCUCUGCCGACGUGACCUUCGCCACCGAGUUCAUCAACAUGGAUGGCAUUGUUGUGCUGACGCGGCUCGUGGAAAGUGGAACCAAGCUCUUGUCCCACUACAGUGAGAUGCUGGCAUUCACCCUGACUGCCUUCUUAGAACUCAUGGACCAUGGCAUUGUCUCCUGGGACAUGGUUUCCAUCACCUUCAUUAAGCAGAUUGCAGGGUACGUGAGCCAGCCUAUGGUGGACGUGUCCAUCCUUCAGAGGUCCCUGGCCAUCCUGGAGAGCAUGGUCUUGAAUAGCCAGAGUUUGUACCAGAAGAUAGCAGAGGAAAUCACUGUGGGACAGCUCAUCUCUCACCUCCAGGUCUCCAACCAGGAAAUUCAGACCUACGCCAUUGCCCUGAUUAACGCACUUUUUCUGAAGGCUCCUGAGGACAAGCGACAGGACAUGGCCAAUGCAUUUGCACAGAAGCACCUUCGGUCCAUAAUCCUAAAUCAUGUGAUCCGAGGGAACCGCCCGAUCAAAACUGAGAUGGCCCAUCAAUUGUAUGUCCUACAAGUCCUGACCUUUAACCUUCUGGAAGAAAGGAUGAUGACCAAGAUGGACCCCAAUGACCAGGCUCAAAGAGACAUUAUAUUCGAACUGAGGAGGAUUGCAUUUGAUGCAGAGUCUGACUCGAGCAAUGUCCCUGGGAGUGGGACUGAAAAACGCAAAGCCAUGUAUACCAAGGACUACAAAAUGCUGGGAUUUACUAACCAUAUCAACCCAGCAAUGGACUUCACACAGACUCCUCCUGGAAUGCUGGCCUUGGACAACAUGCUGUACUUGGCUAAAGUCCAUCAGGACACCUACAUCCGGAUCGUCCUGGAGAACAGCAGCCGCGAAGACAAACAUGAGUGCCCCUUUGGCCGCAGUGCGAUUGAGCUUACCAAAAUGCUCUGUGAAAUCCUCCAGGUUGGGGAACUACCAAACGAAGGGCGCAAUGACUAUCACCCCAUGUUCUUUACCCACGACCGAGCCUUUGAGGAGCUCUUCGGAAUCUGCAUCCAGCUGCUGAACAAGACCUGGAAGGAGAUGAGGGCAACAGCCGAGGACUUCAACAAGGUUAUGCAGGUUGUCCGAGAGCAGAUCACUCGUGCUCUGCCCUCCAAACCCAACUCUUUGGAUCAGUUCAAGAGCAAACUACGCAGCCUGAGCUACUCUGAGAUUCUGAGGCUGCGCCAGUCUGAAAGGAUGAGCCAGGAUGACUUCCAGUCCCCGCCAAUUGUGGAGCUGAGGGAGAAGAUCCAGCCCGAGAUUCUUGAGCUGAUCAAGCAGCAGCGACUGAACCGGCUCUGUGAGGGCAGCAGCUUCCGGAAGAUUGGGAAUCGCCGAAGGCAAGAGCGUUUCUGGUACUGCCGCCUCGCACUGAACCACAAGGUCCUGCACUACGGUGACUUGGACGACAACCCUCAAGGGGAGGUGACAUUUGAAUCCCUGCAGGAGAAAAUUCCUGUUGCAGACAUCAAGGCCAUUGUCACUGGGAAAGAUUGCCCCCACAUGAAAGAGAAAAGCGCUCUGAAACAGAACAAGGAGGUGUUGGAGUUGGCUUUCUCCAUCCUCUAUGACCCCGAUGAGACCUUAAACUUCAUUGCGCCUAAUAAGUAUGAGUACUGCAUCUGGAUUGAUGGCCUCAGUGCCCUUCUGGGGAAGGACAUGUCCAGUGAGCUGACCAAGAGUGACCUGGACACCCUGCUGAGCAUGGAGAUGAAGCUGCGGCUUCUGGACUUGGAGAACGUCCAGAUCCCGGAAGCGCCCCCACCAGUGCCCAAGGAGCCCAGCAGCUACGAUUUUGUGUAUCAUUAUGGCUGA